AUGAACGCCAUCUAUUUGGAGCUAUACAAGGCCUUGGAUCUCAAGGCUGAGAACGCUACCGCGGUUGCCACCGAGGUGACCACCGACCUGACCAACCUCUUGAACGCCUACGUCGAAAGAUUCAAGGUGAACAAGACCAUCAGCCUUGUUGGCGUGAUCUCGGCCGAUCUUGUCAACGACGUCCUUGCCAUCUUCCAGGCUCUUGUCUCCAUUGUCGCUAUCCUCUUCUCGCCUGUCCUUGGUCUCCUCCACCUUGUCGCUCUCCUGCUCAAGGCUGUUGCCCUCGUCGUCUUCCUCCUCGGUGACGUUCUCGCUGCUGUCCUGCCCCUCUUGGCUUACAUCCUCAUCCCUGCCUUCCACCUCGUCGGAGCCAUUGUCAUCCUCGUGGCAGAUGUUCUGUCUCCCAUCGACGGUGUUAAGGACCUCGGUGCUUUGGCUUACUUGGCAUCUCAGGUCGCUGCCUAA